AUGACUGAGACUGCUCAAGCUCCAGACCAGCUACCCUGGAACCCCAAUUGUACCAGGUUUCCGUCGCGGAAGGAUUUGCCUCAGCUGCCGGGUGCGCCUGAGGGUGCGGCUUGGGUGUGGGGAGAAGAUGAUCAGCUGGGACGAUUGAACCUUUUGACACCGCAGCGGGUCAAGGCGUCCGCGCAAGAGAUCCUCACAGGAGAGAUGGUGCGACUCGAUCUUCCUCUUAAUGUGCCCGAGAAGCCUGCGUUCAAUCGCGAAACCUUCCAGCAUAGCUACAAGACCAUCGCUGAAGAUAUCUCAUAUGAUGACUGCUACUCUCUCAAUACUCAGAGUGGCACUCAAUGGGACGGCUUCCGCCAUUUCUCCCACAUUCCAACCAAGCUGUUCUAUAACAAGGCCACAAGCAAAGACUUCUUCGGCGAAAACCCAAACCUCCGUUGCAGCAUCCACCACUGGGCAGACCACGGCAUCGCCGGCCGAGGCAUCCUCCUCGACUACCGCCACUACGCCCUAACCCACAACAAGCCCUACGACCCAUACACAUCCCACGCCAUCACACUAGAUGACCUAAAAGCCUGCGCCGCCUCCCAAGGCCUCGACAUCCGCCCCGAAUCCGAGGGAGGCGACAUCCGCGUCGGUGAUUUCCUACUAAUCCGCUCCGGCUUCGUCGAGAAGUACCACCAGAUUAGCCCAGAGGAGCGCUACACAGCGGCGACACGUACUCACGAUGAUCUGGCCUUUGCAGGCGUCUCCCGUGACCAGGCUGUUCGGGACUGGCUGCAUGAUUGUUACUUUGCGGGUGUGGCGGGUGAUUCGCCGACGUUUGAGGUUUGGCCUGUUCCUCAGAUGGACUUUUUGCAUCAGAGUCUGUUGGCGCUUUGGGGUUGUCCGAUUGGUGAGAUGUGGGAUUUGGAGAGAUUGGCUGAGAAGUGUCGGGAGCGGGGGAAGUGGACUUUUUUCAUGACGAGUGCGCCUGCGAAUAUGCCUGGAGGGGUUGGCAGCCAUGCAAAUGCUACUGCUAUUUUGUAG